AUGGACGAAAACAUAGCUCGAGAUAUUUCUGACUACUUCAACGUUAUAGAUGUGCUUGGAGAAGGUGCUUAUGCCUCUGUAUAUCACUGCUAUUCUAAAAAAACAAAAAAAGAAGUCGCUGUAAAAGUGCUUUCUAAAAACCAAAUGACCGAAAAAGAAAUAUCAUUAGCUAUGCAAGAAGUUGAAAUUCUGCAAAGCCUCGAUCACCCUAAAAUUGUAAAAUUUGAAGGAAUUAAAUACAGUGAAAGCGCAUUUUUCCUUGAAAUGCAACUCUUAAGAGGAGGAACCCUUAUGAAUUUAAUUAAAACUCGAAAACUAACUGAACAGGAAUCAGCAGAAAUUAUGAAAGGGAUUCUAGAAGGAGUUGCUUAUUUUCAUGAGCGGCAAAUAGUUCAUAGAGAUUUGAAGCCUGAAAACAUUUUAUUCGCUGAAGUAAAUUCAAUUUCAUCUUUAAAAAUCACUGAUUUCGGCCUGAGCUCAAACUUUAGUUACGAUACUCUUUUGGAUUCAAAAACAGGGACAAUGAUAUAUAUGGCCCCAGAGCAGGUUUUAUCUAAUUGCUAUAACGAGCAAGUUGAUAUAUGGAGUUGUGGAAUGAUUUUAUAUAUGCUAAUAGAAGGGCAUCAUCCACUUUUUGAGCCAGACGACGAUGUCUGCUCUUACACUUGGAAGCUAAAAAAUAUCGAAUGGCAGUUUUCAGACGAUUUUCCUCCUUUAGCUAAAAAUUUAUUUUUACGAUUAACAGCAUUAAACCCGCUAGAACGGUACACAGCUGAGCUAGCCUUAAAUCAUCCUUGAAUUACAAGAAAAAAUUCAACGAUUCCUAAAUCUCAUUUAGAAGAUGCAAGAAAUUAUCAUGAUAAGUUAAAAAUGAAGACAAUAGUUAUGCAAUGCUUGAUUUUGUCAAAUAUACUUAAUGAUGAAUCAAAUGGACUAACAGACAAAUAUAAGCAUGUUUUGUAUCAUUUGCCGAUAGAGCCUGUAGAUGAAGUUGAUGAAGAUGAAGAAGAAUUUUCCCAGCCCAAAAAAAUGAAAUCACUUAACGUUGAGACGACGACUCGUCCAUCAUUUUGAAAAAGCACACUGAAGACGAAAACUUUGCUGACUACUCCUACUUCAAAAUAUGUUUCUUCUACUCCGAGAUUAAUCAGAUCUAACUCGAAUGGUUCAUUAACGACUUUGCAUAAAAGCAAAGCAGCUCUUACAUUGAGAAAAGUCAAAAAGUAA